AUGUCUAACCUUCGUCCAUUUUUCGAUUCAUUGCAGCUAAGCGAGGACAUUGGCUACGUGCUGUACUCGGCACUGGGCUCCUUCUACAUACCCAGCUGCAUCAUGGUCUUUGUGUACAUACGAAUUUACUUUGCCGCCAAGGCGCGGGCGAGGCGGGGCAUUAAAAAGCAUCCCCGCAAAACGAACAACGAACAGGUAACGAGCUUCACCACCGCCAAGAAAGGAACAAUACCGAUGCCCUCCUCGAGCGGCGUGUCCGCUUUGCAGCUGCACCAGCAGCGCCAAAUAGCCACCAUCGAGACACCACCGAACAGCGCCAGCCUACCGAUGCAGAUACCCACGGUGACCAUGGACCUGGCCUCCGACAUAUCCACCUCGGAGGCGGGGGAACUGGAGGCGGUGGCCGCCCAAACGGUGCUUGCCUAUGCAAAUCCCAAUGGUACGGGCACGAAUUCGGUCACCGUGGUGAGCAGCGGGAACGGGGGCACUGGGGCGUCGGGUGUUCCACCCAGCUCGCCGAAGGAGACGCUUCAGGUGAGCACGAUAGCCACCGGUCGGGUGGGUCUCAAUGUGCCCGUGCCACCGUCCAUGGGCAGCAAUAGUUCCAUCAAUGUGCUGAACAACAACAACGGCACUGUGGCCAUGGAUGGAGGUGCCUCCGCCGGCGGCGGGGGAAAUGGAAGUGCUGUAGCGACGCCUGGUGGACUGCAGCAAGCGGGCGGUAAUGAGCUGCGCGUCUCUCCGAUCGCCGGACGGUGUCGAGCCCUAUCCGUGGGCGUGGACACGGACAUGGUGAGUGAAUUCGAUCCAUCCAGCAGCGAUUCGGGCGUGGUCAGUCGCUGUGCCGUGGUCAAGCCGCUCAAGUUUCGCCUUUGCCAGCCGAUCUUCGGGCGCAAGUCGAGUAACCAGCAGCGGCGCAACGAGGCCAAAGCGGCGGCCAAGAAUCAACAGCCCAGCGGAGCGGCCAGCAAAAAUCAGCAGCAGCACCAGCAGCAACAGCAGCAGCAGGUGGUGAAGGCGGAACUGGAGCCGGCCAUACCGAAGACACCGAAGCCCAGGGAUCCGGAGAAGGAGAAGCGACGAAUUGCGCGAAAGAAGGAGAAGCGGGCCACCCUAAUUCUGGGCCUGAUCAUGGGCAGCUUCAUCGCCUGCUGGCUGCCCUUCUUCUUCCUGUACAUCCUGGUGCCGGCAUGUAGCAGCCAUUGCAACAUACCGGAAUCGGCGUUCGCCGUCGCCUUCUGGCUGGGCUACAUGAACUCGGCGCUCAAUCCGGCCAUCUAUACCAUCUUCAACAAGGACUUCCGACGCGCCUUCCGGCGCAUCCUGUUCAAGUGAUGUUUGGCCUAUGUGUGCUGUUACAGGUGCGUUUACGCCAGCAUCGAGAAGGCAACCGAACGUGCCAUGGGCAGCACACCAAUGGGCUAUGGUCAUGGCAUGUAUCAGCACUACAGGCGUUAGAUUUGCUUCGUUUUGGCAGUGCCAUAGGUCCCUCAGAACAUAUCCUAUUCCGAUUCCCCAUCCCAGAACUGCAAAGCUAUCGACUGUCGAUGUUAUCGAUGUAUAUAUAUGCACAUAUCCCAUAUUAUCCAUUGGAUUAUUUCAUUUAAUGCCUCAAGACAUUAAUUUUCUUUAAAGCAAAGCUAACUAGCCACUUGUAUUAAUAGGUUUUUAGCAACAUAUUUUUCUACAAAUUCCAAAACAUAAAUUAUUUUAAAAUAAGCUAGUUGUUUUAGCUAUCGAUAAUAUCGAAUAAACGAAUAAUCCAUAGUUUUGCAGCUCUAUCCACUCCCAUAUGCUAAAUCCUUUCCAAUCUUUCGUUGGAAUUUCUUUGGUUUGAAUAAAAAAAAAGUAACGAACAUUGUAGCUCAUUUCAAAAGCAAUGAACGGCUGUGAAUUUGA